AUGGAACGGGCGGACAGCGACCUGCAGGCGCUUCUGGGUCCCGGAGCGUCCAUACGGCGUCUGAUGGGCGUCUGGUGGUCCCAGGGCCGAUACGGCCGUGUCUGCUCCGCCGCCUCAGCCUCCGUUACGGUCAGCUCUUUUGUCUGGCUGUCCACAUUCACUGGACUCAAGCUCGUAUUGGAUCCACCGCAACAGCUCGAGGACAUCGCACUCUGCUGUUUCGUUAUUGUUCUCUGUUCCGGAUUUCUUGCCAAGGUCGCGUUCUUCAUCUAUAAAAGUGACGCCCUGCGAGAGCUGUUGCAGCUGCUGUCCGACGCCAGGAGAAACUACGGGGACGGCAAAAGCAGUCGGAGCAUCCGGCGCCGAUACCAGAAGCUGUCACGCCGCCUAUACCUCUGCAUGCAGGUGGCUGUGCUGCAAGGACUCGCCGCGUGGGUUUCCACCCCUGUGUUGGUGCGCGUCUUCCUCGCCUCUGAGCAGAACUCGCUUGAAUCUGCUCGCCAGUUCCCCGUACCACUGUGGUUCCCUGGAAAUAUGUACGCAUCACCAACGUAUGAAAUACUCUAUAUUCUUCAGGCUUUCAGUCAGCUGGCAGCGACUCAGUCUUCGCUUUGCGUAGACGCCUUUUUCAUCCACAUGAUUCUGAUGGUAGCAGCCGAACUAGAAGUUCUGAACGAAAAUAUCUCAACUAUGCAAAAGAUUCAUCUUAAGUUUCAAGGAACGGAACAUCAACACCAUAGGACUAUAACUAAAUAUGAAGAACCGACCAUAGAAAAUGGUUACCUUCAUACAACUGCGAACGUAUCAUCAGAGGACUUCUCAGGCGAAAUGUACCUACAGUUGGUCAAGAACGUUCAGCAUCAUCACGUAAUUCUCAGAUCUGUCUCCCUUUUGCAGAGAGUAAUGACUAUAUCAAUCUUCAUCCUUCUUUUCGUCAACAUGGCGGACUUGUGUUCGUGUAUAUUUGUUACCGCUGUGGUGUUGCAGAGAGACGGGAAUAUUACAAAGGCGUUGAAGCCAUUGUUGACGAUUCCACCACUCCUGUACGAAACAGGCAUGUACUGCAUUUUUGGGCAGAUCUUAACUGAUCAGAGUGAGAAGCUGGCCUACUCUGCCGUCAACUGUGGCUGGGCCGACUGUGACGCCCGCUUCAAGAGGAGCCUCCUCGUCUUCAUGACGGUGGCCGGGCGGCCUCUGGAGAUCACGGUGGGCAAGAUGUGCAAGCUGUCCAAGCAGAUGCUGUUGCAGGUGCUGAAUGGGACAUAUGGCCUGGUGAAUUUGCUGUUAUCAUUUUCGUAG